AUGGCGUCUACACAACAACAGCAACAACAACAACCACAUUGUCGUCAGGAUUCAUACGACGAAGAGAUCUACACAGAGUUCCGUCAACCAGUAGCUGGAACCCAGAGCAUUGCAAAAGGUGCCAUCAUGGAAUCACCAAGGAAGCUCGACUCGGCUCUUUCUUCACCACCCCCACCGCCCUUGCCCCUCAAGAACGCCCUCAGGUCCGGUUCAAGUUCAAGGUCUACCUCUAGGUCAUCCUCGACUAGGACUCUCGACUCCACAGGACUGAGCAUUGGCGGUGCAAAGGAGGUUACGGUUCAGGGUGCCGCUGGCGCUACGAAGCAGGCUACACCAACACCGCACGAUGUAUACCUAUCGUCAGAGGAGGACGCGUCGUCCUCGGCAGACGACUUUUCCGACUAUGAGUGGGAGAGCGGCAGUGAGUUCGAGUAUGCAGACGACGCUCAGAUCGCAGAGGCCUCUAGCAGCAGCGGCAUGAGCAGCCCAUCCGCUGGCCCCCGCCGCCGCAGCCACGAGAUCACCGCCCGUGUUGUCUCAGUCAUAUACGUUGGGAAGCCGGCCAUAGUAAACCUAACUACACCUACGAAGCGUUCGAGCCCGUCCCCGACUCGAUCAACGAUGAACGCCAGCCCCACACCUAGCAACACUUCAGCAGCACCUACACAAUCCUCUCUUUCUUCAUCCCGCCGCCGAAGCGUUAGCGCUGCUACCUCCUUUGCCCGCCGCCUCUCUAUCUCAUCUACCGCAUCCUUCAGCCCGGGGGCAACACCACCAAACGCGACACCAGUCAAGGCCAAGAAUGUCAUUGCAUCCGUAUUUACUAGGAAGGGACAGCAACCACUCUUCCUAAACACAGAUCCUUUCGCCAACAACAGCUCCGUCUCCGUCGCCACACCACGCCGAACCUCAUCCAGGUCCGUAUCGAGCGGCUCACCUGCCGUCGUGGACGAGGCAUACUCCAUCAGGACGCCCAAGACCCCCACUGAGAAGAUCAAGGACUUCUCCCUUCGCGGCGGCGCCCUGCUGAAAAAGCGCUCGCGCUCCAUCAUGAACGCCGCCCACAGCCUGCGCGACAGCUACAACGGCGCUGGAGUCGGCCCUCUCCCCGAAGAGAGCGGUGGCAGCAGCAGGGAUACCAGCAGGGCUAGUACUCCGGCCAUCACUCCUCACGACCGCGCCCAGUCUUCCAUGGAUUACUUUUCCAGCCCGGUGGCAUCAUCGACAGCCAGGGCUCUUCCUGUCCGGGCGCAGACAGAUAUGGCUCUCGGUGCACCCAUCUCGCCUACUGAGAUGAAGGGCAAGCGGUUCACGGCUUUGAACGCACGGAGGCGAAGCUUCAAAUCUGCGGGCAGGCCAUGA